UGUUGCAGGUUGCAUUCCUACUACAGAAUGAGCAUCAUUACAACAGCGUGAAGGAUGGAAGGGAACAGCAGCGUUAUCACAUCGGCCAUUCUGGCCAUAGACUACAUCGAUUCUUUGCUCCCACAAAACCCCUUACAAGAGCCCUUUAAAUAUGCUUGGAACUAUAUGUUGGACAAUUUUACAAAAUUUCAAAUUGCUACUUGGGGAUCGCUGCUUGUCCACGAAGGCGUUUAUUUCUUAUUUUGUUUGCCGGGUUUUAUUUUUCAGUUUAUUCCUGCCAUGCAGAAGUAUAAGAUACAGAAGGACAGGCCAGAAAGCCUGGAGAAACAAUGGAGGUGCUUCAAAGUGUUGCUGUUCAACCAUUUCUGCAUCCAGCUGCCGCUGAUCUGUGGUACCUACUACUUCACUGAGUUCUUCAACAUUCCCUAUGAUUGGGAGAAGAUGCCACGAUGGCAGGUAAUUGCAAUGCAGUGCCUGGGUUGUGCUGUUGUUGAGGACACAUGGCACUACUUUCUUCACAGACUCUUGCAUCAUAAGAGAAUCUACAAAUAUAUUCACAAAGUCCAUCAUGAAUUUACGGCUCCAUUUGGUAUGCAAGCUGAAUAUGCUCACCCAGCAGAAACAAUCAUCCUCGGCACGGGCUUUUUUAUUGGCAUCAUGAUCUUUUGCAAUCAUGUCAUCCUCCUGUGGGCUUGGGUGACCUUUCGUCUCCUGGAAACAAUAGACGUACACAGCGGCUAUGAUGUUCCUUUGAAUCCUCUGCACCUUAUUCCAUUUUAUGGUGGAUCCUGUUUCCAUGACUUUCAUCACAUGAACUUUGUUGGGAACUAUUCCUCAACUUUCACUUGGUGGGACAAGCUGUUUCGAACAGAUUUACAGUUCCAGGUUUACAAUGACAAAAUGAAGAAUGAAAAAGAAAUUAAAAAGGACCAAUAGGAGGCGCUUUAUACUGCCAUUUCAAAACACGUUUUUGCUAUUGUGAGGAAUUCCAAUCCCCAUCAAUUGAAUGGUUUCACAAAAUGGUACUUCAUGAAGCUAUGCAGCUAUGCUUCUACAUGGGGUUAAUUUAAAAAAAUGACAAAUUCUGCAACAGUUCAAUUAAUGGACCACCCGUGUUAAGUUUAUCAAACUAAAUGCCAAUGUUUCUCAUGAUCAAUACUGAAUUUCCUACACCAAACACAAAGGCUAUUUGAAUUGAAUGUAAAAUUAUUCUAUUAAACUAAUCUAGCAGUUCUUUCUCAUAGUGAAUGAAACAUUUGUGAAAUACUGUGAUUACCCUUGUUACUGAAAUGUUCAUAUUAGUUAGCCCUAAUAAUUUUGUGAUGUAUAAUUGUGUACAGUAUCUCUAUCGUGUGGGAAUUGAUAAGUGCAAGAGCAUGUUUUGUCCUAAAGUGUACAUAUAUAAACUUCUGAGAGUUGCUGUGCUCAAAUAAUAUUUUGAAGAAAUGGGCUGUGUAAUUUCAAAUAUCCUCAAAUUCCGUGUCUCAUUAUCCUACAUUUCAAACUUAACACUUCUUCCUGCCUCAAACGCAAGAAGAAGAAGUGUUAAUUUUGAAAUGUAGGAUAAUGAGACACUUUAAAUCAAUAAUGACGUCUUUGGUUACGGUUAGAUAGUGCCGUCGAUUUUUCUAAAAAUCUUGUGAACAACAGCUGUAAUUGGACACCAGAUAUGCCAUUUGAUUGAAAAUCCCAGAUACAGACUGCCCCAUUCUUGAGAAUUGUGAGGGAACACAUUUAAUUAGAAAGAAUGUAUUGGAGGAAAGUCCAUAGCAUGGACUUUUAGCCCAGUUUUAAAGAAAGUGACACAAAGUGCUGGAGAACAUGGAUAGGUGAUGUCUCGGCUCGGUAUUGAAAAGAGUCCCACCUAUCCACGUUCUCCAGAGAUCCUGGCUGCCCGGCUAAGUUACUCCAGCAUUUUGUCUUUUUUUGUAAACCCGCAUCUCCACUUCCUUGUUUCUCCACUAAAGAAAGUGUGCUGAGAUCUUGAAAGUCGCUAAGACAUUUUGCCAGAGUAAUUAACAAAGCGUUCUUGAGCUUCAGAUAGAUGCAUUAUAAAGUUCUGAUUCACCCACUUAAGUGUAAGAGGAUGACAAGUUCAAUUGAGGUAGACGAAGAAAAGCUGUUCCCAUUAGAUAGUGUCAUAAAGUCUAAGGGUCACACAUUAAUUUUGAUCAAAGAGAUACAGGGAGGUUGUGAACUAGAAUUCCCUCCGCAAAUGCAGCAAGUGGUAUUGACCUGAAAGUGGCUUCCUUGCACGGUGGUGGGAGAGGAAAUGAUCUCCGAUUUUAAAAAGCAUUUGAAUAGGUUCGGUAGCGAGGAAAAUAAACUUGCAGGGGUACUGGGGAAGUCAAGCAACGAGACUUAAUUUUGCUCGACAGAAAACCGCUGUGAAAUAACUUAUUUCUGUGCCAUAAUGACACUGUGGUUCAACUGUGCCUGACACGAUAUAUAUGAUCCCGACUUAAGGCCUUUUACCACCAAUCUCUCUUGUACACUAAUCACUAUUUAAUUGCUGAAUAUAAAUUUAAUUUACAUGAUUAAAAUAUUGCAGUUUCCUAUAUUUUAUUUCCAAAUUUCAUUCACAGUAGUUUGCAUGAAUUUUCAGCUGCUAAUUCCUGACUGACUAAGAUAAUGUAAAGAUGGACUUGUGCAAUAUUUACUUUCUCGUUUUGUGAUCGCUGCAGUAUGUAAUGAUUAAGUGGUGUAUUUGGCCAGGGUGGAACUUGAAUUACUGUCAGCUAUGCUGAAGUCCUGACCAGGGGUUUUUUAAAAUUAAAUGACAAUAAAAGCAGAGUUCUUUCGGUGAUGAAA